AUGUUUGAUCUCCAUAUGCUCUUAAAGCGUGGAAAAAUAGCCAUCGACAACCUCUUGCUCCACCACCACCACCACUAUUACGCCGCCCUCACCUGCCGCUCCAACGACGUCAACAUGUCGUUCGUGACACCUCGAGAGUACGAAUUCAGCUGCAGUAACACCCUGGUUUACCACUCCAAGAGCAAAAACCGCCACCAGCGCCGCCACGACCGUGUGGAAAAAAUAAAUGUGGUUGUGUUUGAUAUGUUGAAUCAUUACGAUGCGGUGGAAUUAUCUCCAUUGACGACGCUCCCAGGAUUCGGGGUUAGCCCGGUGGUGAGGCAGUUGAGGGUGACAGAUUCACCAUUUUCAUUGAAGGAUACAGAGGAGUAUAACUACCAAGUGGAUAAGGAUGCUGAAGAGUUCAUUAAGAAAUUCUACAAGGAUUUGAAGAAUGAAAAGAGAAUUGCUGCCUUGGAAUCACCUUCCCCAAAUCACAUAAGGGCUAGGAUGAAAAUAUGA